AUGUCAUCUCAGGGCCGUGGCAGCUCCCACUGCUGUACCAAUGGCGACCCCCCAUCACCAGAUGGUGGUCCCCCCAGACCAACCGUCUCCAGCAAGGUAACCCAGAGGGCCAACCGAGAUAAUCUAUCUUCGUGUUCCACGGGGAAAGCAGAAGCAGUUGUACUAUGCUCAAUUUCCGAGGCAGACAAGGCAGAUACUGACGACGAGGGUAUCAACAAUGCUGUCAAAGUUAGGCGACGCUCAACUACCCUCAGCUCUGUCACACAGAAACUGAGAAAGCAUUUGUCCCUGGACUCAGCUCUCUUGAAACGGCGCUCGAAAUCGAGUGUUGGGACGACUGACGAAGAGGCUGACCGCCGAGCAGAGUUGAAACGAAUCCGCAACCGGCGAAUCCAGGAAGAGUUGAGCAACGAGCAAAUCUAUGACGAUGAUGCAAGAUCACUGUCUCCAAUCUCGGGUGGGGGCAGAUCGCUGGGAAAGAGUACUCAAUCUUCUAUGCGAGCUCAGGCGCCAUCCGAAGCUUCCCCUCUUCCGCCUUUACAUACUUGCUCGUCAGUUUAUCGAACCUUGUCUAUCCAUGAACCACCUUCUUUGGAUGGGCAAAAUGAUGCCCCUUUGCACGCGGUUCAGGGUGAGGUGACGGAAGAAAGCAAGAUUUCAGCGCCAUUGACUGAGUUCAUUCCCACAGAGCCAGACAAAGUGCAAGAAACAAAGGUUGUGUUGCCUCAAUUUGGUCAGCAUGAGAGAGAGCUUAGCGAUAUUCCCCCUAUUCCUCCAGCGCCGAUUUUGCAACCAAAACGUCUCCCGAGCAUCACAGAACCACCUAAAUCGUCCUGGCGGCUAUCAUUUGCCUCAAGCAACAGAGGCGAAAUACUUCGCAAGUUAAGCUUAGUGUAUGACAUGAAGGACGACGUAGACUUGGAGCAAUCGGAUGGUGACCCUCCAGCUGUAGGAACUUGGCUCUAUAGUCAAAGGCCACGAUCGCCAUCUAUUCCCAGUUUAAGCUCAGGUGGCAAAACAAACUCUGGACCUUUGGCCUACCACUCGCAGACAUGCAGCGAUGGCCACGAUUUUGGAGGUUCCGGCGAUGGAGUCGAACAUAAUCCAGCAACAAUACAUCUCCAUGAGAUGGACAUAUCCCGGCGAUUGGCAUCUAGCGGCCCUGGGGCUUCUACUUCUUCUCCACAUUUGUCUAGUUGGAGCUCACAUCAUCGUCCUGAUUCAAACAUUCUUAACACUUCUCAGGCUGAGCGAGUUCGGCAUCCGGCAAAUUCAGAUUCCGCAUCGCUGGCUGAAGAAAUUGCUCAAUUAUGGGAUCAAAUUGUGGAAGACGGCCUCUCAUAUUUCCACCCCCCAGCUGUCAACAGGGCCCAACCCGAUGUAGAGACCCCACACGCCAAUAGAUCAUCCACUUCGCCUGAGACCCAGACCAAAGCUUAUAUUAAGGAGCUAGAAAGAGUAGAAUAUUUGGGAGAGGAUACAGUUUUGAGCAUUACUACACCAGCCAUUGGUCAUUCACCCAAUGCUCAAUGCACUCCAGCAAUGCCAAUUCGGAGAUCCACAACUGAUAAUAGCUCCGUUCUGGCCUCCGAAACCGAAUCAUUUCGUGAGCGUGAAGCCGAACUUAAUAUUAUUCAAACUCGCUUCUUGCCAAGAGAGACCAGAAAAAGCCCUAGCACACCUGUGUCUAGCAAGUUUAAAGAGGAGUUUGAUUUGGAUCUUCAGCCCCCAAAAUCAUGGACAUCCCCCAAACCGUCUAUAUUCUCUAGACUCUCUAAGCUUGUAACUCGAUCCUAUGAUGGACGAACAACUACGGAACAAUCUCUUACUAUGCCCAUGCCAGACAUUGCCCAGAUUGACUUAGUAAAAACCCAAACAUGUGGAAGCGAGCCUACAAGGGGAGGUCGAGCUUGGGCUUUCAAGUCGAAAUAUAUUUCAAGAAAGAGAGCAGGAACGGGGAGCGGAGAUAAUGAUGAGCCAAAGAGUAGAUUUCUCCUUGGGGGGUUGAGUAGCAUGGUUUGGGUCAAGAAAAAGGAAGAUGAACCUAGCAUCGAUGAGGACAAACCCGCAGCUGAUGAAUCUAGGAACAACCCAGAUGAAUGCUCGGAAAUAGAAGAGCUGGCAAUUAAUACAUGGGCCGAGAAGAUGGCUGCUACUACGGCACCAUUUAAAGCACACAAGGAGAAAGUCAUCAGAAAAAGGAGAACGACUGGGCCAGAUCUCAGGUUUCCAGAGGCCUGGGCUAGUUAUCCAAGCCAUUCACGUCGGGAACGAAGUCUAAGCGCUGGCUGGCCGGAUUCUGUUGACGUGAAAGACUUCGCAUCGAAAACUUCUGGCAUUGAGGACCAUAUCUACGGCCAACGCGAGAGAAAGCAACAUCCUCCACCAGAUGAUACAUACGGUUCUACUUUUGACGGAGAUGCUGAAAGGGUGGUAGAGGAUUUGGUGGCGAAACCGGAGCGAGACCUCAAAGCAGAAGUGAACAGGAUUGAGGCAGCUGUAGGCAGCUCUGCCAUUGGCAAUACGGUUCAUCGAAGGAAUAGUCCAAGUUCGCUGGAGUUGGACUAUCCCCAGUUGCCCGGGGUAGAGAGGCCGCCCGUGGGUGCUCUUUCGAUGAAAGAGACCACUGCGACACAGAUGGCGAAGAAUAAUCUGGGCGAAUUGAGCGAACGCACAAGGAGAGAUAAUUCAUCAGUCGAACGGGCUAAAGAGGGCAUGUUGUUGCGGGAAGCUGAUACGGUCAAUAGUGGAAUCCCAAAUUCAAGGGGCGGCGAGGUACCACUGCAAGCACUGGACAUUGAUAUUGGGGACCCAACGUUUUACGAGGACUGCGUUGUUGGCAAUGGUGCAGAGCAGAUCGAGCAGAUCGAGCAGCGGAGCAGCAAGAGGCGGAAUUUCGUGACAUACAGGUCAAGCGAUGGAGAAAAGUGCAAAUAUGGUGGUAACAGGCGGGAUAAUAUCAGCUUGGGCUCCAGGGUCUUAAGGGAAAGUACGGAAGAAUAUUGCUGUGAGUUGGAACGCAUGGAGAAGGUUGAGAGAGAUAAACUUCUCGGGGUUACCGAAGAAACCUGGGGAUGGAAGCAAUAG